AUGUCUGUAUCUCAGAUCAACAAGGCUCUGCCUACCCUCCCUGCCGGUUGGUCCGCCGACAAGGACUUCAAGGCUGUCGGCAAGCUCUCUGCUGCCGCUCGCCGCAACGUCGAGCCCGUCGGCCCUUACUUCCUGGCACACGCCCGCAGAACUCGCCACAAGCGUACUUUCUCCGAGGAUGACCGCAUCCGCGCCCAGGAGAACGUCAAGAAGGUCGAGGACGAGGAUGCCGGUUACAUCAGUGAGCCCGAGGACCCUCAGAUGCUUGCCCGUGAGGCCAAGGACUGGAAGAGCCAGGAUCACUACGCCGUUCUCGGCAUAACAAAGUACCGCUGGAAGGCCACCGAGGAGCAAAUCAAGAAGGCCCACCGCCGCAAGGUCCUCAAGCACCACCCCGACAAGCGCGCCGCCGCCGGCGGCAACGAAGACGACAACUUCUUCAAGUGCAUCCAGCGCGCCCACGAGAUCCUCAGCGACCCCGUCAAGCGCCGCCAAUUCGACUCUGUCGAUGAGGCCGCCGAGGUCGAGCCCCCAACCAAGAAGCAAACCCAAAAGGGCAACUUCUACAAACUGUGGAGCAACGUCUUCAAGGCCGAGGGCCGCUUCAGCAAGACCCAGCCCGUCCCCAAGCUCGGCGAUGAGAACAGCACCCGCGAGCACGUCGAGAACUUCUACAACUUCUGGUACAACUUUGACUCGUGGAGGACUUUCGAGUACCUCGAUGAGGACGUCCCUGAUGACAAUGAGAACCGUGAUCAGAAGCGUCAUGUGGAGCGCAAGAACAACAACGCCCGCAAGAAGAGAAAGGCCGAGGAUAACCAGCGUCUGCGCCAGAUGGUCGACGAGUGUCUAGGACUCGACGAGCGCAUCAAGAAGUUCAAGAAGGAAGAGCACGCCCAGAAGAACAAGAAGCGUCUCGAAAGAGAGGCCGAGGCCACCAGACUCGCCGAAGAGGCCGCAAAGGCCAAGGAAGAGGAGGCUCGUCUCGCAAAGGAGAAGGAGGAGGCUGAGAAGGCAUCCAAGGCCGACUCGAAGAAGGCAAAGGAGGCUGCCAAGAACGCCGCAAAGAAGAACAAGCGUGUCGUUCGUGGUGCCGUCAAGGAUGGCAACUACUUUGCCGAUGGCGAGGCCAGCCCCGCUCAGAUCGACCAGGCACUCAACGAUGUUGAUGCUUUGAUCGCCAAGCUCGAGGUUGACGACCUUGCUACCUUCAAGAGCAAGCUUGACGGUAAGACUGAUGCCAAGGAGAUCAAGACUCUGUUCUCCGAGGAGGCUUCUCGCCUCGGCAUGACCGACCUCAAGUCUUUGGCUUAG